ACCGACCCAGCUUACGUGCUGUCCCUGGACCUCGAGAAGUGUUACGACUGGAUGGACUUGCACAUCCUGCUGGAGCUGACCAACCACUUGGGCUUGGACAUCUGCGGGCACCCAACGGACGUCGUGCUGCAGGGCGACAACCUCGUCGGCGUACCGCAGGGCUGUCCUAUGGCGUGUAUUCUGUGCAACUUAACUUCAAUCAUGUGGCACUUGGCAGUGGAGCGGGCGGUACCCACGGCGACGCUCUUCUCCUACAUCGACGACAGGUUCAUUCUGGCUCAUUCGUGGCAAGAACUCGCCGACGCUCUGGCAGCCACACGCGAGAUUGACCGUGCCAUUGGCCCAGACUUGAACGUGCCGAAGUGCGCCCGCGGG